UCACAGAACGCCUCCUCUUCUCUUUCCCAUUUGAAGCAAAGCGAACAAGCAGCAGCGCUACUCAUUAUUUAUUCAUUCGUUAUAAUAACUAAUUAGGAUUAUUUUAAAAAAAAAAAUUGUAAAACGAGUUGUUCCUCGGCGAGUUUUGAAUUAUGAUAGCCGCUUCGUUUGUGUGUUCGGUGGGUCCUUAAAUCUCAGUCGCUCGUUGAACACUGAGGAAGAUGACACGGAGUAUUUCGCCCACUAUUCUAUUGUUUACUUGUUAAAGCCGAUAAGAACGUGGCAUAUCAGAAAGGUAACAUUUGCUUGCCCUACUCUGGCUAGACAGAGCUCACGCCGACUGUUCGUGGGGCUGAGUUAUUUGUUCUUGAAUUUUGAGAUAUUUCCAAUUCUUUGCAUUGCCCUGCCUUUUGAAAGAUUGUCUAAGAGAAGAGAAUCCUCCUGCAUUUAAAAUCACCACCGAGUCCUGUUUGACGGAGCGGCGUCGACCGGUGGUGGUCGAAGGUUGGUGGCCGUCGUGGUUGCUGGCGGUGGUGGAUCCGCUGCGUAGCGCGCGGGGUCUUCUUCUCCGCUGCGGCGAAAGACCAAGAGGCGCGUGGAGCUCGGUCCCAAGAGAGUCCGACGCGGAUCCCGUGUCGAGCCGUUCCCAGAGCUCCCCAGAGCUCUCGGGUCUCAGUGGGGGACCCGGACUCCACGUGGACAGGGAUGCUGGCGAGACCAGGAGAGUCCAAUGCCUCCUGCACGAUCUUCACGCCACGUGGGCAGUAGCCCCACGGGCGUUUUCAUCGCACGAGAUCGAGGACUGCAGCUCGUCAGGGAUUCUGACCUCACAGGGACUCUGACCCCACAGGGUCUCUGACCCCACAGGAUCUCUGACCCCACAAUAACUCUGACCCCCGACAAGGACUCUGACUCGGAUCCAGGCUCACACAGCUAACUGAGCCCCACGAGUUCCUGAGCCAGCGGUCUCUGCUCGAGCCUGAUCCACACGAGGAGGACCCCCCCGCGAGGAACGCCGGUCCGCCGCGAAGGCGGCGGCCCCCGCCCCCCCCCCCCCAACUCCCCAUCGCGCCACCACCAUGGUCGCCUUCUGGAACGCGUCGGAGCCCCAGGGGCUGUCCCCCGAGAGCGUGACGGUGCCCGUCGUGUUCCUGCUCAUCUUCCUGCUCGGCGCCUUCGGCAACAGCCUCGUCAUCAUCGUGCUGCUGUGCAGCGGGCAGCGCGGCAGCAGCAACACCACCACCAACAUCUUCAUCCUCAACCUCAGCGUCGCCGACCUCUGCUUCAUCCUCUUCUGCGUGCCGUUCCAGGCGACCAUCUACACGCUCGACGGCUGGAUCUUCGGCUCUUUCCUCUGCAAGGCCGUGCACUUCAUCAUCUUCCUCACCAUGUUCGCCUCCAGCUUCACGCUGGCGGCCGUGUCCGUCGACAGGUACCUGGCCAUCCGCUACCCCCUGCGCUCGCGCGAGCUACGCACACCACGCAAGGCCGCGGCCGUCAUCGCGGCCAUCUGGGGUCUGGCGCUGGUGUUCGCAGGCCCCUACCUCAGCUACUACCAGGCCGUGACCUUCCAGAACAUGUCCAUGUGCAUGCCCGUGUGGGCCAAGGAGCCGCGCAAGCUCAUGGACAUGGUGACGUUCGUGUGCGGCUACCUGGUGCCCGUGUCCGUGCUGGGCCUGGCCUACGCCUUCACACUCAAGUACCUGUGGACGGCCGUGGACCCGCUCGAGGAGAUGUCCGAGUCGAAGAGGGCCAAGCGCAAGGUGACCACCAUGAUCCUCAUCGUGGCCGGCCUGUUCUGCGCCUGCUGGCUGCCCCACCACGUGCUCAUCCUCUACUUCUGGUUCGGCCACUUCCCCCUGACGCACGCGACCUACGCCUUCAGGCUGCUCUCGCACUGCAUGUCCUACGCCAACUCGUGCCUCAACCCGCUGGUCUACGCGCUCGUCAGCAAGCACUUCCGCAAGGGCUUCCGCAAGGCCUUCGCGUUCGCCUGCGGCCGCCGCUGCUGCUGCCACCGCCGCCGCCACCACCACCACCACCACCAUCACCACCACCGACGCGGCCGUGUCACGAAGGUGCACGUGCUGCAGGUGGCCAACCGUGUCGACGUGGCCACCACGGAGCUGUCGCACAAUGAGGCCGAGCGGGCGGGCCCGAAAUCCGACGAGCUGUGA